AUGGAGCCCGUGGCCAGCAACAUCCAGGUCCUGCUUCAGGCGGCCGAGUUCCUGGAACGGCGCGAGAGAGAGGCUGAGCACGGAUACGCGUCCCUGUGCCCGCACAGAAGUCCGGGCCCCGUCCACAGGAAGAGGAAGCGAUCCCCCCAAGCUCCUGGCACGCUGGACAGUGGGCGGUCUGUGCACAACGAGCUGGAGAAGCGCAGGAGGGCCCAACUGAAGCGGUGCCUGGAGCAGCUGAAGCAGCAGAUGCCCCUGGGGGCGGACUGUGCCCGAUACACCACACUGAGCCUUCUGCGCAGGGCCAGGAUGCACAUCCAGAAGCUGGAGGAGCAGGAGCAGCGGGCCCGGCGGCUCAAGGAGAAGCUGCGCAGCGAGCAGCAGAGCCUGCAGCAGCAGCUGGCGCGGCUCCGGGGGCCGGCAGGGGCGGGCGAGCGGGAGCGGCUGCGGGCAGACAGCCUGGACUCCUCGGGCCUCUCCUCCGAGCGCUCCGACUCAGACCAAGAGGAGCUGGAGGUGGACGUGGAGAGCCUGGUGUUUGGGGGUGAGGCCGAGCUGCUUCGGGGCUUCAAUGCGGGCCAGGAGCACAGCUACUCACACAGCGGCGCCUGGCUAUGA